AUGGUAUCAUACAAAAGUCUUCUGAUUACCCUUACUGCUUUUGCGGGAGUCUUGGCAUACCCAGCCAACUCGACUUUUGAACUUGUCGAUCGGAGUGGGACACCUAGCUCUACUGGAACCAGUGGUGGAUACUACUACUCUUUUUGGACCGACGGUGGUGCAGCUGUGACUUAUACAAACGGUGCCGGUGGCGAGUAUAAUGUCCAAUGGUCGGGAAGUGGAAACUUUGUUGGGGGGAAGGGUUGGAAUCCUGGAAGUGCCAUGGCGGUUACCUAUAGUGGCACAUACAGUCCAAAUGGCAACAGUUAUCUGUCUCUCUAUGGCUGGACCACGUCACCUCUGAUCGAAUAUUAUAUUGUCGAGAAUUUCGGUACAUAUAAUCCAAGCACUGGAGCUACUUUGAAGGGUACUGUCGUUAGUGAUGGAGCCACAUAUAACAUUUAUCAAACACAACGCGUGAAUGAACCAUCCAUCGUCGGCACUGCCACCUUUUAUCAAUAUUGGUCUGUUCGACAAUCCAAACGAACUGGUGGUACAGUAACAACUGGAAAUCAUUUCAACGCAUGGAAAGCUCUUGGAAUGGAUAUGGGUACUUUUAAUUACAUGAUAGUCGCAACCGAAGGAUACUAUUCUAGUGGGUCAUCCGAUAUAACGGUUGGAAGUUCAAAUGGAGGUGGUAGCACUGUACCCACUACCUCAGCUCCUGCUUCUUCACCUACAUCAUCACCUGGUGGCACCUGCGGUGCUUUAUACAGUCAAUGUGGAGGCACUGGAUUUACGGGCUCUAGUUGUUGUGCAUCCGGAACUUGCAAGUAUGCAAAUUCCUACUAUUCUCAAUGUUUGUGA